GGGUCGUGUCUCACCUGCGCUGAACCGGGCAGGUAUCUCUGCUGCGGUGUCGGUCCUGCUGUGAGUUGCACCCGCCGCGGGAGCGGAAAGGACCGCGCCAGGGGACCCCAGAAGCUGGGAAAUGCAAAAUGGCCCAGAGGAGGAUAGUCAGAGAAUCUCUCAACACACAUGGCCUUGCCAGGAACCAUAUCCACGACGGCAGCAUCACCAGAUUUCAAAAACAUUGGGCCAUCUUCCAGCUUUUUCCAGAACGAUGAUUCGUCUUUUGCAGGACUCAGUAUCCUUUGAGGAUGUGGCUGUGAACUUCAGUCUGGAGGAGUGGGCUUUACUGGAGUCUUCACAGAAGAAACUCUACAGAGAUGUGAUGAGGGAAACCUUCCGGAACCUGGCCUCCAUAGGUAGCAAAUGGGAAGAUCUUGACAAGGAAGAUCAGUACAAAAACCAGAAGAGAAAACAAAGAAGUCGUAUGUUGGAGAGAACCUGUGAAGGGAAAAUGGUUAGUCAGUGUGGAGAAAACAUCAGCCUUAUUCCUGAUUUCAGUCUGAAGAAGAAAUCUCUUCCUGGAGGAACACGGUGUGAAUGCAGAAUAUUUGACAAAGCCUUCACAGAUCAUUCAUCCCAUAGUAGUCACACCAGCUGUCACAAUGGACAAAACUUCUCUGAGUAUCAGAGAUUUGGAGUGAAGCCAUAUAAAUGUAUUGUAUGUGGGAAAGCCUUUAGUUAUCUUCAGUGCUUUGAAAAUCAUGAAAGAACUCACUAUGGAGAGAAACCCUAUAAGUGUAAGGAAUGUGGGAAAACCUUUAUGUGGCUCAAAAUUCUUCAGAAACACAUGACCAAACAUAGUGCAGAUGCUCCUUAUAAUGGUAAGGUGUGUACGAAAACCUUUAGUUCUUCAACUUCUCUUCAGACAGGUGAGAGAACCCACUCUGGAGAGAAGGCCUAUCAAUGUGAAAAAUGUAGUAAAACAUUCAGGCAUCCCAGCCAACUUCACGUACAUGAAAGAACUCACAGUGCAGAGAAACCAUAUGAGUGUAGGAUAUGUGGAAAGGCCUUCAAAUAUUUCAAAUCCUUAGAACCACACAGAAUGACUCACACAGCAGAAAAACCCUAUAAAUGUAAGGAAUGCGGAAGAGCAUUCAGACAUUACAGUUCCUUAGAAAUACACAAAAGGUUUCACACUGGAGAGAAGUCCUAUGAAUGUAAACACUGUGGUAAAGCUUUUAGUUAUCACAGCUCCCUUAAAGGACACAUGAAAAUGCACACAGGAAAUACUCCGUAUCAAUGUAAGGAAUGUGGGAAAGUAUUCACUCUUAUCAGGUCCUAUCGAAAUCAUGAAAGGUACCACACUGGAGAGAAGACCUAUCAAUGUGAAAAAUGUAGCAAAGCAUUCAUGUAUCCUAGUUGUCUCCGAAGACAUGAGAGAACUCACACUGAAGAGAAACCAUAUGAAUGUAGGAUAUGUGGAAAGUCCUUCAAGUAUUUCAGAUCCUUAGAACCACACAAAAUGACUCACACAGGAGAAAAACCCUAUGAAUGUAAGGAAUGUGGAAGAACAUUCAGAUACUACAGCUCCUUAGAAAUACAUAAGAAGUUUCACACUGGAGAGAAGUCCUAUGAAUGUAAACACUGUGGGAAAGCCUAUAGCUAUCCCAGCUCCCUUAAAGGACACAUGAAAAUGCACACUGGAAAUACACCUUACCAAUGUAAGGAUUGUGGGAAAGCAUUCACUUGCCUUAGUUUGUUACAAAGACAUGAAAGAACUCACACUGGCGAGAAACCCUAUGAAUGUAAACAAUGUGGUAAAACCUAUAAAGAUCACAGUAACUUACAAACACAUGAAAGAAAUCAUACUGGAGAGAAACCCUUUAAAUGUAAAGAAUGUAGAAAAGCCUUCAAUUGUAACAAAAACCUUCAAUUACACGUGAAAAGGCACAAUGGAAACAAACCGUAUAAAUGUGAAGAAUGUGGGAAAGCCUUCGUUGAUGGCUCAUCCUUACGAAGGCAUAAGAGGAUUCACGAAUAAAACCUAGUGAAUGUAAAUAGUGUGGAAAAGACCAGUUAUUCGUUUUCUUUCUGGAGGCAUUAGAGGACUCACUGGAUAAAACCUCAUGAAUGUAGAGUGUGAGAAAGGUUUCAUUGGUCUAUAUUUUUUAAAAAUGUAUUUCUAUUGAUUUCAGAGAGGAAGGGAGAGAGACAGAAACAUCAAUGAUGGGAGAGAAUCAUUGAUUGGCUGCCUCCUGCAUGCCCCACACUGGGGGGUCCAGCAUGCAAUCCGGGCAUAUGUCCUGACCGGGAAUCAAACUGUGACCUUCUGGUUCAUAGGUUGAUGCUCAAGCACUGAGCUAUGCUGGCUGGGCUGGGCCCACACUUUAUAUUUGAAAUCGCUCACUGAAAGGAAUAGAAAUGUAAAUAACCUGGUAAGGCUGAUGGAAAUUAAUGUUUGUAUAAUGUUCUGGAAAAUGUUCAAGGUUAAAGAGUUGUUUUGAAAAUUAUAAAUAUUUUUGUUUACCAAGUUUCUUUAAAUGUGUUAUUAGGAUGUGAUUUUCUAAUACUGUUGAUCCUUAAACAACUCAGGGAUUAAGGGCACCAACUGCCCACAUACUCCAAAACCCUUGUAGAACUUAAGCCAGUCCUCCAUGGGUUUCCCAACCACAAAUUGAAAUGGCAGUUCAUCCUUUAAAAACAAGUGUUUGAACUGCUGCUAAAAAGUGGAUCCUUGCAGUUCAAGCCUGUGUUGUUCAAGGGUCAACUGUAAUUUCUUUUAGAAAUGAAUAUUACAAUGAAAUAAUUCUGGGACAUAACUUUCUACAAUAUUACAUAUUAGUAACUGGUGACUUUUUAUUAAGUCAGUAAUAUUAUCUAUUGACUUUUUGAAGCCUGUUAGAUCCAAAGUGUGUGAAUUCUAAUGUAUUUCUAAUAUGGAAAUAGUUUAUUUUUUAAAUGAUGUUUUAUUUAUUUUUUGUUCAGAUGGCAUUAAAAAAUUACAAUUCAAUAUUUUUUUUAUUUUGGUAUUUGGAUUUUUUACUGGCCUUGUGAAAUUUAAUAUCUAUAUGUAUAUAUCUUAUAUAUCCCUUUAUGUAUAUGUGUGUAUAUAUGUAUAUCGCAUAUAUCCCUUUA